AUGGCACAAUUCAACGAGUUGAAGCAAAGCAUGGAAGAGCUAACGAACAAUUUUCAAGCACUUAUGGCCCGUUUGCAGGAUCCACCUCGUGAUAACGCAAAUGGAAGUCAUCAUGAAGAUGAAGUUGAUGAAACGGAAGAAGAAGCUGCUGCUCGACGUGCAAGAGAACAGCGAAGACGUAGAGAGCGAGCUGCUGCAAAUGCAAGAAGACCUCCACUUCCAGGACGUGGAAAUGGUGGUAGAGGUGCUAGUCGUGACCAUGAGAGAGGUCUUGGACUAGAGGAAAGUGGGAGUGAAGAGGAAGAAGACAAUGAGGUUGAUCAGCCCCAUCAUGAUGACCGUCGACGUCACCGCGGGAAUCGUGGGCGUAAUCAGCCCAACGAGGAGAGGUUUGGCAAGUUAAAAUUCACCAUGCCCAAGUUUGAUGGAGGGUCUGAUCCUGAAGCAUAUCUUACAUGGGAGUUGAAGGUGGAUAAAAUUUUUCGCUUGCACAACUAUUCUGAGCAGAAGAAGAUGGCCAUGGCUGCUCUUGAGUUCGAUGGCUAUGCUCUAAUCUGGUGGGAGCAAAUGCUGAAUGAUAGAGAAGAAGCUGGCCAAGGUGAUGUCCGUUCAUGGGCUGAAAUGAAGAGAGAAAUGAGGGCAAGAUUUGUCCCCAAACAUUAUCGUCGUGAUCUUUUUGACAAGCUACAGAAUCUGAAGCAAGGAAGCCUUAGUGUUGAUGAGUAUUAUAAAGAAAUGGAGAAGGCAAUGAUUAGAGCCAAUGUAUAUGAAGAUGAAGAGCAAUCAAUUGCACGUUUUAUGUCAGGGCUGCAUCGUAAUAUUCAGCGUAUUGUUGAAUUUCAGCAGUACCGCAAUCUUAUUGAGUUGGUCCAUCAAGCAAGCAAAGCUGAACGACAGUUGCAGCAGGAUAUGAAGUCCAAUAGAGGAGUAUCUUUCAGCUCGAGAAGUGCCCCAAGUGGAAGCAAAUUCACACCACGAGGUAGUGCAAGUAGAGGUUCAAUUUCCAACUCAAGUGGUGGUGCACGCUCAAGCAAUUUUGGUGCUUCUAGUGGUAAAAAGUUGGCUGCUCCAAAUGAGAGGAACAAAUCGGCAAACUCAUCAUCUACUUCAGUGGGUUCUUCCACCAAGAGUAGUGGGAUUCAAUGCUUCAAGUGUGGUGGUCGUGGUCAUGUUAUAAAGGAGUGUCCAAAUAAUCGGACCAUUAUUGUAAAUGACCAAGGAGAGUAUGAAUCUGCUAGUGAUGAAGAACAUGAAGAGAUUGAAGAGGAAGGUAAUCUGGAGCAGGACAUCUGUGAAUUUGAAACUGGAGCUGCUCUUGUUGUAACUCAAAUUUUGAGUGUGCAAAUGAGUGAAGCUGAAAAUGGACAGCGGCACAAUCUUUUCCAAACCAGAGCCAAGGUUGAAGACAAGGUGUGUAAAGUAAUCAUUGAUGGUGGAAGCUGCCACAAUCUUGCUAGCAAGGAAAUGGUUGAAAAGCUUGGUUUAAAGCUGCUGAAACAUCCUCAUCCUUAUCAUGUGCAAUGGCUAAAUAAUUCAGGUUCAAUUAAGAUUGCACAUAGAGUGAAAAUUCCUUUCAAGAUUGGUGAAUAUAUUAACACCGUGGAGUGUGAUGUGGCACCCAUGACAGUGUGUCAUAUGCUGCUAGGAAGACCAUGGCAAUAUGAUCGGUCCUCUCUACAUUGUGGUCGGACCAAUCAAUACACCAUCAAGUGGAAGGGCAAGGAGUUGAUUCUUAAACCCAUGACACCGCAGCAAAUCCUCACUGAGCACUUACAAAAGAGCUCCAAUGUGAGGAAUGAGAGUGGAAAAGAAGGAGAGAAAAAGAAUUCGAGUGCCCUCCACAAAUCGGUGAGUGAGAGCCACAAGCUAAACAUGAGAGAAAACAAGAAACGAGAGGGAGAGAAUUUAGUGAUGAUGGCCACCAAAUCUGAAAUGAGAGAUGUGAGGAAAAAUCCAGACCAAGUAUUGAUCAUACUUGUGUGCAAGGACACAUUGCUUUCAGCUAACGACUUAACAUCUGUCCCUAGUGUUGUUGCACGUGUGUUACAGGAAUAUGAAGAUGUUUUUCCAGAGGAGACACCUGCUGGACUUCCUCCCUUGCGAGUACAAGCACUUUUAGAUAAAGGUUAUGUGCGUGAAAGUUUAAGUCCUUGUGCUGUACCUGUGAUUUUGGUGCCAAAGAAAGAUGGUUCCUGGAGGAUGUGUGUGGACUGUAGAGCCAUAAAUAACAUCACUGUUCGAUAUCGUCAUCCUAUUCCUAGGCUAGAUGAUAUGUUAGAUGAAUUGAGUGGAUCUAUGAUAUUUUCUAAAAUUGAUUUAAGAAGUGGUUACCAUCAAAUUAGAAUGAAACUUGGAGAUGAAUGGAAAACUGCUUUCAAAACAAAGUUUGGGUUGUAUGAGUGGUUAGUUAUGCCUUUCGGAUUGACUAAUGCACCUAGUACAUUCAUGAGAUUAAUGAACCAUGUCUUGCGAGCAUUCAUUGGAAAAUUUGUUGUUGUUUACUUUGAUGAUAUCCUAAUUUACAGCAAGACAUUGGAGGAACAUGUUGCUCAUAUUCAGCAAGUUUUGGAUGUGCUAAGAAAGGAAAAAUUAUUUACUAACCUUGAGAAGUGCACAUUUUGUACAGAUCAAGUUGUGUUUCUUGGUUUUGUAGUUUCAGGUUCAGGAAUUCAAGUUGAUGAAUCAAAGGUGAAAGCAAUCAAGGAUUGGCCGACUCCUGAAAAUGUAAGUCAGAAAGGUGUUGCCUUCCAAUGGGGUGAACCACAAGAGAAAGCUUUCCAAGAAUUGAAGAAAAGAUUAUCCGAAGCCCCCUUGCUUGUGUUGCCGGAUUUCACUAAAACCUUUGAGGUUGAAUGUGAUGCAAGUGGGAUUGGGAUUGGAGGCGUUCUCAUGCAAAACGGACAGCCCGUUGCAUACUUCAGUGAGAAGUUGGGAGGAGCACAACUGAACUAUUCGGUAUAUGACAAGGAGUUGUAUGCUUUGGUAAGAGCACUUGAGACUUGGCAACAUUACAUAUGGCCAAAAGAAUUUGUUAUUCAUUCAGAUCAUGAGGCUUUGAAGUAUUUAAAGGGCCAAGCAAAACUGAACCGUAGACAUGCCAAAUGGGUUGAAUUCAUAGAAACUUUUCCAUAUGUUGUGAAAUACAAGAAAGGUAAAGAAAACAUUGAAACACAUUCAGGUGGUCUGAUGGUACACUCUACAACUAAUAUGUGUCCCUUUGAAGUUGUAUAUGGUUUCAAACCACUCGCUCCUGUCGAUUUGUUGCCUCUACCAUUGCAGGAAAGGAGUAACAUGGAAGCAUCCAAGCGCGCGUCUUAUGUCAAGAAGAUUCAUGAGAAGACUAAAGAAGCAAUAGCGAAAAGGUCUAAGUACUAUGCUGCAUGGGCAAACAAGCAUCGCAAGAAGGUGACAUUUGAGCCUGGAGAUUUAGUGUGGGUACACCUUCGCAAAGACCGCUUUCCAGAGAAGCGCAAAUCCAAAUUGAUGCCACGAGGAGAUGGUCCAUUCAGAGUGCUGUCCAAGAUCAAUGAUAAUUCUUAUAAGAUUGAGCUCCCUGAAGAUUAUGGUGUUAGCAGAUCCUUCAAUGUUUACCAAGGAGGAUGA